GGCUGGAAGAAAAAAGCCCAGUGAAUGUCCUCUUGCCGAAUAUUUUGCUUAGGGUACUUAGGUGUAAGUUUCAGAGGGUCAGUGUGAGGACGUGUGGGAAAUUCUGGACUGAUAACUGGGACUUGGACAACAUGAUGUUGACAACACCGUUUGGAGUGUUCUGGAUUUUUCUGUUGUGUUGCUGUAGUAAGAGUGAAGCCAAACUUUCUCUCAAGAGCCGAACCAGCGUGGCACUGGCAGGAAAAACAGUCAUCCACCAGCUUAAAGUCACCAUCCCACCUAACGGCACCAAGGACUACAUUAUAUGUUACCAAAACAUGCAUCGAGUAUGGCAAAAAGAGAUUGAGCAAAAUCCUUCUCCUAAUUCAAAGAUAAUAGAGUUGUCACCAAAUAUCACCAUGCAUAACAGCUCAAGCUCCGGAGAAUACUACUUCAGUUACAAGAGUGAGAAGCUGUAUUGGGUUGUCCUUGUACGAGAUGUGGGUUAUCUGCCAGAUACGGAGAGUUUUAUCAUCCCUUUGCUGGUUGUCAUCAUUCUUCUGCUGCUUCUCAGCGUCGCUGGAUCAGUUUAUAUCUUCAAGUGGUACAAGAAUCAGUCACUAUCUGAAGGAGAUGGAGAUAAAGUGAAAGCCAAAAACAGAACAAGAAAUGCAGUUGCGACAGUAGAAGGAGCCACGUCUGAUUCAGUGUACACGGCACUCGACCACAGGACUGUCUCCGUUUAUGAUGUGCUGAAUGUUGAUGAAGCCAGGAAAGCAAAAACAGAAAGCCAAACCUCAAAUAAAAAGGCCAAGCCUUCACCAGUAGAGGAGGGGAUAUUUGAAUCAGUAUAUGAAAACCUGUGAUUAAAUAUUAUUUGUGUAUACAGAAGAUAUAUCUGUAAGAGAUGUAUAAACUCUAUAAGCUUCAUAAAUUUUCUGCUCAUGUGUACAAUUGUCUGCCACUUUUUGCAUAAACAAAGAAACAUACAUAUUUGUACAUAUAGAAAGUGUCAAUAAAAAAUGUGUAAACUCUAUAAACAUUCUCCAACAAUUGUCUGCCACCAUUAUGAAUGAAUGAAUGAAUGAAUGAAAAGUAAAUAUUUUGUACCUGAUCUUUAGGUCAGUUUGGUAUGGAUGAUAUAUUUUGUUGAAGUAAAAAGUUCAGCAAAACAUGAUCUUUACACAAUUUUACCACCGAGUGAGCCAAGACCGGUUUGGCUCCUGCAGUUUGCUUCAUUAGUUUUGCACUGCAGCUACAAAGCCAGUGUUG